UACGUUAUUUGAAAUUUCAAUAUUCAAUUUCAUAAGUGAACCUAAACUUGAUUAUCUUAAACGAAAAGGUAAAAAGUAUUGUGGAUAUUGUUUUUGUUAGCAUAAUAUAAUCGCAAUGAAUAUUCCAAAAUGUGAUUGCAAAGAAAAUCGACCUCCAGCAGUUGGACGAUCAAAUUGUGCGUGCUCUUCAAAUACACAAAAAAUACCAGCUGAUAGCUUUAAAGUACCAACAAUACCUGUUAACCGUCCAGUUCUCAGUAAUAACAAGGAGCAGCCAGGAAAACCGAAACCCAACCAAAAUGAGAAAAAAAAACAAUGGGCACUGACUGAUUUUGACUUAGGACGCCCGCUCGGGAAAGGUAAAUUUGGCAAUGUGUACUUAGCGAGAGAAAAAGAAUCACACUACGUAGUAGCACUGAAAGUGCUUUUUAAGAGUCAGAUCCUAGAUUCGGAAAUUGAACACCAGGUCAGACGCGAGGUUGAAAUACAAUGUAGACUAAGGCAUCCAAACAUAUUACGUAUGUAUGGUUAUUUUCACGACGAAAAAAGGAUAUAUUUAAUAUUGGAAUAUGCAAAACACGGUGCGCUUUAUAAAUUGCUUAAGGAACGCGGGCGUUUCGAUGAGAAGACAGCAGCAAUUUACGUGCGCGACUUAACAAAGGCUUUGAUCUAUUGUCACACAAAGAAAGUAAUUCAUAGAGAUGUUAAACCGGAAAAUUUGUUGAUCGGUCACAACUUUGAGCUGAAAAUAGCUGAUUUUGGAUGGUCUGUUCAUUCACCAUCUUCAAGACGUAUGACUUUAUGUGGUACCUUAGAUUAUUUAUCUCCUGAGAUGAUUGAGGGCAAACCUCAUACCUACGCUGUUGAUAUAUGGAGCCUUGGAGUUUUAUGUUAUGAGUUACUUGUAGGCUUGCCUCCAUUUGAUGCGAAGGACUCCCAUCAAACAUACAGAAAGAUACGGUAUGUAAUAAUUAAAUAUCCUGACUUUGUUUCCGAGAAGGCAAAAGACUUAAUGGGGAAAUUAUUAGUUAUUAAUCCUGAACAAAGGUUACCCCUAACUCAUGUUCUACAGCAUCCAUGGAUUAUAGAAAAUGCUCCUGAAGGUGUGCAUCCUCCUAUUUGUAAUACUGAACAAAAAUGAUUUAGAAAACAGUAUUUUUAUGAGAUUUAUUUCCAAAUGGUGACUAGUUUGCUAUCAAAUAUUGUCCAAUUAUUACAUAAUUUACUUUAGUAUGUGUUUAAAUAUAUUUGUAUCAAUUAGUGACUUAUGAAUUAUGCCGAAUUAUAGAUUAAAACUAAAAUAAUUGCCAAUGUUAUAAGUUUUAAUUAUUGUAAUAGAUAAUUUUUAGUAUUUCAAUAGUUACAUUUAAUCUUUACAAAAAAAUAAUGACUGAUUUAA